GAUAACGGAGAAGAUCUAGAGGCAAGGGAAGGGCCGAAAAGGACCAUUGGGAACUAUAUUUUAGGAGAGAAGCCAGUGAGCAUUCGCUUUAAAGAUGGGACCUGCCAUUUUGGCACUGACAUUGCUCUCAAUGUGGACAGUCACCUCUGCUGUGCCGACUGAAGAAGAGGAACUCAAUGAGACUGUCAUUUGCACCAAUGAACAGAUGCAAGUGAUCAUUCCAAGUGUUUUUUUCCUGAGCAAAGAUCCACCUGUUAAAAUUUGGGAUUUGCACCUGAACGAUCCCGAAUGUCGAGGUGUUGAGGUCGGCAAUGACUACAUAUUCAGCAUAAAGACAAACCUCACGGAUUGCGGCACCAAUAUGGUAUCGGAUGAUACACACAUCAUGUUCACCAACACAAUUCGUAACAAUGACACAGACGUUAUCACCAGAAGUUACGUCAACAUCACAUUUGGCUGUCGAUACCCCGUAAACUACAUGGUCCAGCAGCAGAAUGGAGAAAAUUUGAUCCGAGUAGAUGUCAGGACAAUUACUCUCAAUACAGAGGAUGGAAAUUUCUCAGUCUCCAUGCUGCUCUAUAAAGAUGAAGAGUUCCUGGAUAAAUGGACCACUGUUCCUUCUCUCACACUUGAGGACAACAUCUAUGUCAAAGUUUACAUGAUUCCAGCUAAUCUGUUUCUAAGAGUGGCGAGAUGCUGGGCCACACCGACCAAUGACCCAUACAGCAACAUUCAAUACACCUUCAUCAAGGAAAGCUGCCCAGUGUUAUCGAAUGACCAGACGCUAGCCGUGAUGAAGAACGGACAAGGUCCAGAGGCUCUGUUUAGGAUCCAAAUGUUCAAGUUUGUUGGCAGCUCCUACACAGAUGUGUUCCUCCACUGCAAUGUCCAGAUAUGUCAUAACACAGAAGGGGUGUGCCAACCUAACUGCUCUGUUGAAGAUACGUCAGUACGGACACGAAGGAAUAUUGCAUCUUCUCACACGGUCUCAUAUGGACCAAUCAGAAGGCUGAAAGCGAGCAUAGAGGACACUAGUCAGAAUGCAUAUAUGCCCUCUGUCGAGACGUUUGUGCUGGGCGGUCUUCUGUUUGUCCUGAUUCUCGUCACUGCGGUUUUUGGGAAACUUUGGCUGCAGAGCAGGAACUCGUAUCCCGCUCAAGAGGCCCAGCUCACCCUCUCCAACAUCCACCAUGUCUCCGAGGUGGCCAGCUAACCUUUGAUAUAGGCUACUGUAUAACUCCAUAUCCAUACGCAUGCAC